AUGCUGCUUGGAUACGUUGACGACAUCGACAUCAUUGGUAUCGACCGUCGUUCAGUGGAGGAGGCGUUCGUACCUUUCAAGCGGGAAGCUGCGAAGAUCGGACUGACCAUCAACACUGCCAAGACCAAGUAUCUGGUUGCUGGCAGAGCGCGUGGCAGUGCAGGUGAUGGUGUUUCGGAGGUGGAAAUAGAUGGAGAAAGAUAUGAGGUGGUGGAUGAGUUUGUAUAUCUUGGUACACUUGUGACGUGCGACAACGAUAUCAGAGCAGCUGAGUUAGCCGCCGUACUCGCCGCCCCGCAGCUGUUGUCUGCAUCUGCCGCUGAGCUCGCCGCCUCUGCUGCCACACAUAAUGCCUCUGCCCAAUUGGUGCCCGCUCCCACCACGCAUGCAAACUCUGUUGUCGCCCAGCAGGCCGCAGCUCAAGCCGCAAAAACCGCCUGCGCACAUGCUCUCAAGCAAGCCACCGCCCUUGCUGUGCAACAAAUCUCCCAGAAUCUCGCCAACGCAGCUAAGGUACGAGCCGCUGCUCAAGCUGCCGAGCGUGCUGCUAACGAAGUCGCCUCCACUGCUCAGAAGCGCGACACAAACACGAGCAACAAACCAAUGUACACAACGCCAACCAAGUGCAAAAUAUAA